CCACUGCAAACUACUAGGUGUACCGGGGAGAGGCCCAGUUGUCUUAAACGAAAGUCACGUACCUCCGUGACAGUCAUGCGCAUUUGGGUUGUUGUUAAGUUUGUUAUGACAGGUUGAGGCCUCGGACUAAAUUAUUAUAGCUACCCCUGUCUCUGUCCGGGGAAAUCCACGAUGGAGGGCAUGGAAUUAGACCUGGAUCCAGAGCUAAUGCAGAAAUUCAGCUGCAUGGGCACUACCGAUAAAGAUAUUCUCAUAUCAGAGUUCCAGAGACUGCUUGGGUUUCAACUGAAUCCCGCAGGAUGCGCCUUCUUCCUUGAUAUGACUAAUUGGAACUUACAAGCAGCAAUCGGAGCCUACUAUGACUUUGAGAGCCCCAACAUCAAUGCCCCUUGCAUGUCCUUUGUGGAGGAUGUGACAAUCGGGGAGGGAGAGUCAGUGCCCCCUGAUACACCAUUUACAAAGACCUGGAGAAUACAGAACACAGGAGCAGAGUCCUGGCCCCCCGGAGUGUGUCUAAAGUACGUUGGAGGGGACCAGUUUGGUCACGUGAACAUGGUGAUGGUGCGUUCGUUAGACCCCCAGGAGAUGGCCGAUGUGAGUGUACAGAUGCGGAGCCCUGUGGCUCCAGGGAUGUACCAGGGCCAGUGGAGGAUGUGCACAGCCACAGGCCUAUUCUAUGGGGAUGUGAUCUGGGUGAUCCUGAGCGUGGAGGUGGGAGGCCUCCUGGGAGUGACGCAGCAGCUCUCCUCCUUUCAGGCCGAGUUCAACACCCAGCCUCACCGCAACCUGGAAGGAGACUACAACCCCUUUGCCUCGCCACAGAAGAGCAAGCACUCUGGCAGCCAUGACAACAGUCUUCAUGAGGACAGCAGUUACAAGGACCCUGGGGAUACCUGGGAUGGUGCCCCCAACCCAAUGCAAGCAGAGCAAAAUGGACUGUCACACAACUCUGUCAAUAUAGCAUCAAACGGCCUCCAAAGCAACCUAUCAGUAGUGACUUACAACCAGGGUUUACACGGACCCUAUCCUUUCGGGCAGUCUUGAAACACAGGAAUGGUCCCAGUCAAGCAGCACUGUGCCCCUGGAGUCACACCAACUAUUGAGGAAGGAGGCGUUAUCAGGUGCUGAUGGAGACUACUGAGAUUCAUACUGACACUUAUGCAAAGCCCCCCUCCACUGAAGCAGGCGAGGCUGCUCUGUUCCCAGUGUUCAAGCUCAACCUACAUCCCACAUCCAGCGUAUGCAUGUGUGAAUGCUAAGUUAAAAUGAGUGCUAUGGAUGUUUUUAGAAGAAAAAGAUGAUAAUCUUUUUCUGAUCUUUAUUUAGUUUAUUUUUUAGUUGUCAGAUUGCAGUAAAGACUACAGUGAUGAGAGAAGCGUGGAUGUGUGUGUUUGAGCAUGUGUGCGUGCUGUUGUGCAACCUGAAAGAGACUAAGAGCCAUUUUUUUGCCUUCUGAUCCUCUAGUUUCAGAUCUGAUUUCUAAACAUUUGAGUUCUAUCUUAACUAUCUUAAGUAAUCUUUCCAAAUUUGACUAGAUAUACCCUUAAAAAUGUAUGGAUUAUUACUUUAUCGAUAUAAAGCAAGUUCCAUCUAAAAGCGUAUGAAGGAUUACAGUAUUCUCUGCCAUGUUUUACCAUUGAUUAUAUUAGAACUAAAAUUAUCCUGGCAUUUCCAAAACUAUUUGAAAAUAGGAACAGUUCUGGUAUUCAUUUUCGAUUUCCAUGGGUUGUUAUCAACAGGCGCAGACCAAAAUACCUCUGGAAGCAAUUAAAUAGAAUUCGAUCGAUGCAACAUAACGUAAUCUUGGUUGUUUACAAAAACGUCUCUUCUCUGGACAGUCAUCAUAUUAAACCCACCCCAUGUCGGCCUGAAAAGAUUCUGGUUGGAGGGAAAUGUGUUUGAAUGGGAGGAUGACCAGACACAUCUGCAAGAGCACAUAAAACAUGAGCCAGCAGAUUUGUCUGAUUCCCAGGCUAACAAAGAUUACCCUGCAAUCUGAAAUGUAAUGUUGCAUUUGUCCACUGGAGAGCAACAUGUGAUCAGACCCAUGCCAAACUCGAAGGGAAACUACAAACAGUAACACUUUAUUGGUUGGUUGGAGUUCUGCAAUAUUGCAAAUGAUAGCACAUUUUUAUCCCUAUACAGUGCCAUUGAUUAUUAAAAUUUAUUAAUUUUAUCAUCUUCAGUUGAAUGUAUUUGAUGAAUGUAGAAAAAUAUGUUACACAUCUUAUUUUAAUCUUCCCAAAGACGUUCUAUAGAUGCCCUGGACUGACAUGUACUUGUUGAUGUCUUCUGGCUUGGCUUCAUGUCAUGGUUCUUGACCAUUUAUCAUAUUUCCUGUAUGACAUCUGAAAUCAAAAGUUGAUCUUUUGUUCAGGCAAUUAAAUGUAUAAAAGACACCCAUACAAAUCAGAAAAUAAGAGACUGUCUAGUCAAUGUUUUCUAUAGUAUAAGUUUCUGAAUGUGUACAAUUCCUUGCACUUACUGACUGAUCUCUGCACUGAGUCAUUAGAUGUUUAUAUAAUUGUGGUGUCUAGUUCUCUUUGCUAUAAUGUCUUGGAGGCUAUUUAGAGAUUUUAUUAUUUCUUUAUCAACAGUUAUUGACUUUGACCACCUGGUUUUGACCACCUGGUUUUGACCACCUGGUUUUGUAACCUAUGUCCACCUUUUUUAGGCUGGGCACAUAACGUCUGCAAACUAACAAUUGGCCCCAGGGAUGACUAAACUUGGACAAUAUUGCAGCCACCAAAACCACACCUUCUCAUAUUUUAUACCUGCCUCUGCUGGCUUUUGGUAUGUCACUGACCAUGUUAUUGCAUUUGCAAUGCUAAAGAACAUUGUUUCUCCUCGUCAUAAAAGGUAUACACUGCUUUAUCUUCUCUUGCUCUUCUCUUUUUGUUUACAGUCUGACUCUCUGUAAUUGGUUGAAUUCUGUAUCAUUUGUGAUGCUCAUUUGUUUUCUGAAGUCUUUGUGCUGGAUGGAUCAGAUGGUGUUAGAGUGUAACUUCAGAGUUUUACAACAACAGGAUAUUUAGAAGACUAGUGAGUCAGAGCGAAGAUAUGAAAGCUUUUUUCCCGAAUGAAUGGCUGUUUGUAUGAUUAAAUUAUCACUGAAUUAAAAAAAAGAUGGUGUCCUUGUUCUUUGUAAUUCACAAUAAAAGUUGUUUUUAGUUUAUACAGCACCUGUUCCAUUGGAUGUGUACGCAGUCCAGGAGAUGAAAAUGCUUUGAUGUCUUGAAGAUUUUGUAAUACAUUUAAAUUGACAUACUGUAUUCUGAAAUACCCAAUUAGUAGUGCUGCUAAACAAUAAUAUGUAUAU